GAAUAGAUUGCGAACUCGGUACAUCAUGGUCAUCGAACUAAUAAGAUCCAAAGCCAAAAACGAGAAUUACAGUCGACCCUCGAAAGGCCAGGCUUCAGCAGAUGCUAUCCCUAUCCUUAUCGAUGAUACCUAUCAUUUAUUUCAUUUAACAACACCUCCGUACACGAUUCAUCACCCUCCUCGAUUGCGGUCUUCGUGGUUGCGAAUUCGUUCCACAGAUCUUGAGAGCUGGACACGGGAUAGUGUUCAUGCGAUCGCACCAGGCUCCCAUCCUCAGGAUCCAGAUGCCGAUGGUGCUUGGACCGGGUCUGCCCUGAUAGGACCAGAUGGAAAUCUCCAGAUCUUCUACACCGGCUACAAUCUAGCCCACGGCGGUCGACAGAUCAUUCUGAGGGCAUUGGGUUCUGACAGGCAUGGCUCGAAGUUCAGAAAGUUGGUCGAGCCUUUGUUCAUCGAUCCCAAAACUUCAGCCCGAGGGGCUUUCGAGGACAUCGAUUUUAGAGACGCCUAUGUCUUUUUCAAUGAACAAGUCUCGGAAUACUGGAUGAUCGUAGGCACGAGACUGUCCAAUGGUCCCCGGUGGACAAGGGGCUGCCUAGCCUUACUUACAUCUCUCGACCUGGAGAAGUGGACACUGCACAGGGAGCCACUAUAUGCCCCCAACGACAUGUACUGCCCUGAGUGCCCCGAGCUCUUCAGCCUGCCGAAUGGAAAGUGGUAUCUCUUCUACUCUAGAUUUGCAAGUCCGGACGCAGGCACUGUGUACCGCAUCGCCGAUAGUCCGUAUGGUCCAUUUCGGGUACCUAGGGAUGGAUCCCACGGACGGCUUGACGGGCGACGUUGGUAUGCGGCAAAGUCAUGUCCCAAGGCCGGUGACCCUUCGAAACGAAUCUUUUUUGGCUGGACGGGCGACUACAAUGUAGAGGACGGCAAGUGGCUUUGGGGCGGAGACAUGGCAUUACCAAGGCAAGUUUCAGCAAACCUGGAUCAUACCUUAAGGAUGGACCCCCUAGGAAAAAGUACCAAAAUCUGUACAAACCUGUUAGACGACCUCAACGGCUGGGGAGGCAGCUCCACGCUCGAGCUAGCAGCGAUCGGAACGACAAAGACCCAUCCUUUGCGGUCAUGUCAUGGGGCGGAGACCUCUAUGAAUUACCUCGAGUUCAGUAUUGAAAAGUGCGAGGCAGCAUCAUUCGGAAUUUUGUUCUGUUAUGACUCAGAUAUGCGAGGUCACAAGAUUUUCUUUGUUCCAGAUACCAACGAGACUUUGACAUUGAUCUUACGUACAGAUCUUCCCCCGUUGGAUGAUUUCUGGGCGGAUCAGUAUAGCCUCCAUCUUCCUCGGGGUGUCGAUGGCCCAGAUAUCGUCCGCCACGAUCAUGUGAACAUUCAGGGCCAGGCACAACUUUUUAUGGAGGGAGACCUCUUGCACUUCUUUUUCGGUGGGCGGGCUAUGACUUAUCGGAUGCCACCUCGGAAGGGCGGAGUCACUGCGCAGUCUUCCGAAGGGAUCAGGAACGGAGAAAUGAACGGUGUGACCAGAGCUGAUAGUGGUCGGAAACAAGAUCAUUGUAGUGAGACUACGUUCGCAUUUUUCGUUGAGGAUGGAGAGGUAUCCCUAUCUAAUAUUCGCUUUAGAUAAAGCAGCGUCCGCUCUUCGACGCUCGAAGAAUGUAAAAUUUAUUAAGGAGGCCUGAGAUCCAUACCUUCAAGCAAGUCGAACGAGUUGAAGUCCAGAGCUGCCAAAUCCCAAUUAGCAAAGUUCGAAAAGUCGAAUUCUUGCUUUUCUGCCUCACGAAACCCAAAGUCAGCACUCUCGUCGGGGCGGAUUGCUAGC